GAUUGAUCCCCCUGCAAUCUUAGCUGCAUAUAAAUAGUGGCCCGGUCUCCGAUUUUGCCAGAGCCGAACAACUCUUUCAAGCAAUAGCAAAAUGGCACUAAAGUUCGUAGCAUUCGUAGCUUGUUUGGGGUUAGUCCGCGCUAGCGGUCCAGCGGCGUACGAAAUCGCCACCGCAUCCGGAGACCUGGGCAGCAUUGGUUACAGCCAGGAGUCCACGCAGAAGGGCUACGCGGGCCAGAACGUGAUCUCGGCUUACUCGAGAGGCGAGGACAGCGCACAUUCCUCCGUCCGCGUGAGCAGUCACAGCAUCAGCAACGAUGGCCUGUUGAACUACAACAUCGCCCAUGAACCCCUCAUCGCCAAGAGCUACGCUGCCCCUUACAGCUACGCUGCAUCGGCACCUUUACUGACGAAGACCUACGCCGCCCCGCUCAGCUAUGCCGCCCCAGCACCUCUUCUAGCCAAGAGCUACGCUGCGCCUUACAGCUAUGCCGCCCCAUCGCCUCUUCUAGCCAAGAGCUACGCUGCGCCUUACAGCUAUGCCGCUUCAGCGCCUCUUCUGACCAAGAGCUACGCUGCCCCGCUCAGCUACGCUGCUCCAGCAUCCCUUCUGACCAAGGCCUACGCUGCUCCAGCUACUUCAUUCCUAACUAAGUCCUACCUCCAACCAUCUGCUCCUCUCCUGGCCAAGUCCUACCUCGCACCUUCUGCAUCCCUUGCAUACCCUGCCCAGUUGCCACUGAUUGCUAAGAGCGGUUUGAUCGCCCACGGUGACCCAUAUUCCGCGUCCAUUGCUUCGGCUCCACUCCUGACUAAGACCUACGCCCCUUCGAUCAUCGCCAAAUCCGCAUCCCUCUACGACUACGCUCCCCAAGUCAUCUCGAAGACCCUCGUACCCUCAGGCACCAUCAGCCACACCGUCUUCAACGGCAUUGGAGCCAACUAUGCUUGUUCGUAUUUCGUAGCGAACUUCGACGAUGACUUUGUUAAAAAGCUCAGCAUCUGCUGCAAAUACGGAUCCAUCGAAACGAAAGACUAA